GCAUACAGAUCUGCAAGACGGCAGUGAUCCUUUGCGUGAGCCACUCCUCCGUGUGAAGCCAAUACCAUUUACAAAACCAUGUCUGGAGAACCUAAUGCCGCUUGGCCUCUGGCUGAUGAGAGCCUCACCCAGAACCUCCUGGACCUUGUACAGCAGGCUUCUCACUACCGUCAGCUGAAGAAGGGAGCAAACGAAGCAACCAAAACCCUCAACCGUGGUACUUCUGAAAUCGUCAUCCUCGCUGCAGACACCAAUCCUCUCGCUAUCCUUUUGCACAUCCCCCUUCUCUGUGAAGACAAGAAUACCCCGUAUGUCUUCGUGCCCAGCAAGCUUGCUCUGGGCCGGGCGACUGGUGUCUCUCGUCCGGUGAUCGCGGCUAGCAUCACCACCAACGAGGCCAGCGAUCUCAUGGGACAGAUCCGGACUAUCAAGGACAAGGUUGAGAGGCUCAUGAUCUAAGAUAUAGCUUACUUGGUGGAAUGGAUGAGAUAUGGGAUAUCGCAGCUGUGUCAAUCCUUGCUCCGGUGGGUUCGCAUCUAGAUGAAAGACACAACAACGGAAAUGGAGCAUUCUCGAUACUUCCCUUAUCCGGGAGACGCUAUCUUAGAUAAUAGUUCUCCAUUGAAUAUAUAUUGGGAUCACUCAUUAAAGAUAGACCCGCAUAUCCACUUCAAUUCACGACGGAUUAGAUAUAAUCACAAA